UGCUCUGCUACGCUCAGUCCGACCCGGACGUUCGAGGGAGACGCGUCUGUCUUCCGUGUUACGUACGCGUCGUACCGGUACGCACGUUGUCGCGUAACAAUCACUCUCGUAAUAACCACUGUCUCGUAAAUAACAGCAGCAUCGUUGCCUGGACGUUCGAUCGCGCGUUACGAUUUACGGAUACAAGGGGAGAGAAAGAGAGGGAGAGGGGGAGAGAGAGAUAGAGAGAGAGAAAGAGAGAGAGGGGUUAUAUCACACUGGCCGCUCUCGGAUUAUGGGACGUACGCUGACCGCGUAGCACGAGGUUCACGAAGAAGAGUGAGAGGGAAGGAGGGAGAGAGAGAGAGAGAGGACUCACGAGAGCGGGGAGAAGAGGGAGAGAACGCAAAGAAAAAGCUCUCUCUCGCUCUUUCUCUCUCUCUAUCUCGACUGCCUCGCCGGCUUUCCACGGCCACGAAUCGAUACCACGCGACCGUCGCCGCGUCGGUCGUUCCUCUCUCUCGACCUCUUCUCGACGCUCGCUACACUCGUGCACGACCACUCGCCGCCCGUCGAUGAUUUUUCUCUCUCAAACGCGCUUACCUCGUGUGCCCUUCCUCGGUGUCGUCCUCGGUGUCGUCCUCGUUCACCGUCCACGGCUCCAUCUCCACGGGAUUCUUCGUUCUCGAUAAUAUAAUCUUCUCGUACACUCGCGGAAAAUCGCGGUGGCUGUGCUCGCCAUCGUGUUUCGCACCAUUUUGACGGCUGUCGCGUGACGUUGUCGCGUGCGCGUCGAUCGAUAAUAAUCGAUGCGGACGGCCAGCCAAUCGGAGCGGCGCGAGAUCGAGAAUCGAAGCGGCACACUCUCGUGGCAGAGUGAGGAAACCCGCCAAAAUAGCGACAACGAUUCUGUCAACGUUCGACGAACGUGUACACGGUCCCUCGUCGAGGAUACGAGAAUAGACGUUGAAAAGUGAUCCCGUGUUUCACAGUGCGAGGCAAAGAGUCAAAAGGCAACGAGAGGGAAAGGAACGUUGUUGAUCGGGCCCGCGUUCGUAGUGUUUUGUUUAUUCGUGGAAGAGAAUCGGUCACUGGAUUACCUCGUAUAGUGCGUAUAUACCUCUGUGUGCCACGUGACGAUCAACGGUUUGUUUAUUUUGGUGCUUUUUAUCGCUAUUUAUCCUGUUUGGCUACCUCUGCCGGCCAUUUCCACGAGAUACUGGAAUCCGACCGGCAACAACCUUCUCUGGUCGCGGAUGUUCGUCGGUCUCGCCUGUGCGAAUUCUCGAAAAUGUAGUUACGGUUUCCGCCGCAAGAGGGACGGACAGAGCGCUCGCGAGAGGAAGAGAGAGGUAAAGACACAACGGGGAGGACAGGGACAGUGUAAAUCGGUGGCAUCGUGAGACAGGGAGGCUGUGAUGAGGGAAGCCGGUUAAAGGACCCUGUGUCGCGCAGGCGCCCGGUAGGAGCACAGGAAAGAUGCUGCCUUCCUCGAGAGCUUUAUUAAGCCCGCUGCUGCUUCUAAUCAUCGCUGGAAGCACCGGUGCCUUCAGCUCCCGACAAGGAGAAUGCACAUUUCCACCCAAGUGGGAGGGCACCUGGUUUCAAAGUGGAGUCAGACAACCGAUCCUGAUCUCCAGGAAUGAAUUGUCCAGCAAGGGCAGGUGCCUGCACAACGAGGGCGACAAAUUUCUUCUUGUCGACCAAAAAUCCUGCUACCGUUGCGUCGUCAUUCACGAGAAGCACUCGAACGUCCUCCAGUACAAAGAAACAUACUGCCACAGCAGAAACUCCCUGUCAUCGCUGUGCUCGUACAUCACAGGAGAUGCCUUGCUCUAUUCGAUGUUCCGGGAGGAGGCGAUACCUGUGCCCUGCCCUUUCCGUGGACCUAUGACGUUCUCGUACAACCGUGGCCACGGGACCUGCUCUGUGCCAGUCAGCAAUGUCGACACCUGCACCGAUGAUAGCAGGCUGCUGUUCAGAUACCAGGCGUGCCCCGAUAUAUCGGCUUCCGAGAGCGCAGUCGAGGAGUUGGAGUGUCUGGCUACCUGGAAGGAGGGUAGUAGCCGCUACCUGGUCGGCCGUUUGCAUCACGGACACGCGUCCAGUAACGAAGAUCGAUACCGAUGCUUCGUCUACGAGAAGGCUGGGCAGACAGUGCAGAGCAAUCUGCACAGAGCUGCCAUGGGCAUAGGAGCCAUGGAUCACGAUGUCGGUUUGCAGAGUGGACCGGUGCCCGAGGGCGCGGCCGAGAUAUACCGGGUGGCGCAGAGCGGAGACGCCACUUGCAACGGACUGUUUAGCCCGAUGGAGGGGUCUCGGACUAUGACGCUCAUGAAAGUGUCGCCACCUGGCCAGUGCCGAUUCCCUAAUUGGUUGACCGGCCAUUCCAGCGGUGGACUGACAUGGCACACCCUCGACCUCACCAGAUCUUACACGUUCCAUCCUCGGAACGCUUCCCUGCACGUGACCAGUUUCAACACCAGUUCCUCGAGAUUCGAAAGCGGUUCUCUGGAUGGCCAGUACGUUCCUGGACAAGAGGACCAAGAUGUGAAGAUCCUGUGCAACAGCAUCAAGCAAUCUAGCGUUGCUCAAGCGAUGACGAUGACCACGUUGGUCGCGCAUUUCACCGUUGGCUGCCGGAGCGGUUUCAUGUGCAUGACGUUCUAUCGAAGGGACGGCCACGUGAUAGAGGUGCAGACCGGAAGCGAUGUCUCGAGGCCGGAAGAGGCUUGCAGCCCGCCCCAUUUCCAACAGCACAACAUACCCUUUCUCACCUUAGUCACAAGCUCCCCGGAGCCGCGUACGUGCCCAUACUUGGGCAAAUUUACGGUGACUGGGGUGAACCGGAACCAGAGGAACAUUCGUGAGAGCCGCAGGAGCCAGCACCAGGAGGGGGCCGUCGUGAGGCGUGACAGGGAGAAAGUUCGACACGCCCAGGAACGUAUCCAGGAGGAUCGACGGGGCAGGAAGCUCGACUUCGACGUGGAGAAACGCAGGGUGGCCAACAACGAGUACCUCGUCCACGAGCGUAUGGGCAGGCGUGCCAGGUCGAACCGCAACAACAGAAACCAUAGGGAGCACAGCCUGGAGGAGGCGUCGUCGAAGAGGAGCCUGGACAUCGAGGAUUUGUUGCGGGAUCGUGCGAGAUCGAAGGUGAGAAGGUCCGAGGAGCAAGGCUCGACGAGGUCGAAGGUGAGAAGGGUGCGCGAGAUCGGGGUGAACAGGUCGAGGAGAAAGAUGGAGGACUUUGGGAUGGACGCGGAUAAUUUCGCGCGAAUCAGGCAAUUCUGGACGACCGAUUUCGACGACAGUGACGGGUCCAGCAUGCUCGAGGUGCAGGAGGAUUAUUUCGGCGAUUACCCGGACACCGCCGACCUGCCCAAGAAGAGGUCGGGCAGGGGAGGGAAUAUUUUGACGAGGAGGAGGAGGAGGAGGAAGAGGAGGAGGAGAAACGUGGAGGAGCUGGAUUCCGGCAAUCGGUCGUUCGAAAAAAGGGAGAAGAGGGAGGAGGAUGUGUCCAGAUGCAGCUCGGAGGUUACCACCAUCACUAUCGGGUGCUCCACCGCGGAUAGAAUGGAAUUCCAGACGGAUUGCGUCGACGACAAUGCUAUUGCUUACUCCUGCCACGGUAGGUGGUUCGACGCCGAGGGAACCCAAUUCGUGAUCGCUACCCAACUGGCACCUGGAACUGGCUGGUCGAACGAGAACAACAGGCCCCAACCGUACAGGAACAGCCGUAGACUGUGCUUCAUGUACAAAGAGAGCGGCGGUGUUGUCAGUUUGACUGCCAGCGAGGUGGCCUGCCAGAGGGGAAUACCCCCACCCCCGCCAAUGUUGGCCUUCAAUGCUACCAGUACCGGUCAGUGUAUGGAAGAGAACCGGGGCUUCGUACCUACUCGAUCGACGUACCUGAUGAUCGUCACCCUGACGGCGAUCGUCGCGAUAUACAGGUGAUUCUAAUCGAACGGACGACGAUCUCGUGACGGUUAACAAAUUCGACGUUUCUAAUCUGCGUUACUUGGACACCGUGUGGGUGACAAAACGAGGUGGUACACGUGUAUAAAAAAAAAAAAAAUCUAUACAUACAUAUAUAUAUAUAUAAAUAUAUUAUACAUACAUGAUCGCCUUCGACGCGAAUCACUGAACGAGAUCGGUCGAGCGUCCGGGCCACAAGCAACUAAAAGAGAAAGAAAGAGAGAAAAAAAAAAGAAAAACAAGAACGAAAAAAAAAAAGCGAACAAUCGAUACUUUGGCUUCGUACGCUCGUGUCCGUAGCUCUUGCUAGCCUCUCUGAUACGUCGGGAGAAAUUCAUGCUCGCACGACCACCGUGGAAGAAUAUCUUGGGGGGAAAAAAAACCGAGAGGAAGAAAAGGAAGACAGACUCGUUCCCUGGAAAGAGGGCGCCUGAGUCGAGGAACGAAAAAUAAAGUUGCCUAUAAUAAAGAGACAAGAAGGUGGUGGGGAGGGCAAACCUCCGAUUCCUUCCGUACAAGUGCUGCCACUCCUCCAGUCUGGCAAGAAAAUCAAGCAGACAGUGGAAUGGUGGGAGGUGGAUCCGAUCAAGAUGAACGGUUUACCGUUUCGAGAGGAAGGAAGGAAGGAAGGAAGGAAGUAUUAACCCUCGAAGGGAAUUUUUUUUCCUUCUCUCUCUCUCAAGAAAGGGAAACCGGUUGUGCGUUCCUUCCAGGACGAUGUGAAAGAAGAGGAGGAGAGGAGGGUGAUCGUGAAUGAUCGAACGCGAAUUUCCCCUGGCCAGUAGGUUUUUUUACCGAUGUAGCUCGUAGGCACUAGCUAAUUAAAAUAAAGAAGAAAAAAAAAAAAUCGGGUAAAGCUGACGAAACAGUAAUUACACAAGUUUUUAUGGUUAGAACCAUAUCACGAGCCGAGAUCGCGGCGCGUCGAUCGAUCGGAUUCUUCUUUUGGCGAAACGAAAGUAAGAAAAAGAAAGAAAAAAAAAUAAAAAAAAAAAA